AUGUCUACUUCGGGACUCAAGAUUGAAAACACAAACAUCAAGACUGCACCUGGUGUCAGUCUUGAUGAGCAGCAGAAGACGCUGGUUGGAAGUGUUUUGGAUCUUUUCGCCGGUAGACCUAGUCUUGAGAAGCUUCAGCUUUGGAAGGAUGAGGGUGUUUUUGAGGAUCCCAUCACCAAGGCUGAAGGUCGUCAGCAGUACGAGGCACAAUGGUACGGACUUCAGUCGGCAUUCAGCGAGAUUGAGAGACUGCACCACGAAGUCACAUCGUCGGGCAACCCCAUCAGCAUGAACAUGAAGACUCGUUACGUCGUCAAGGGUAUUGGCAAGGAGCAGACCAUCUCUUCCAUCAUCAACAUCUUCCACGAGGGAGGCAAGAUUACAAAGGUCGAGGACAAGUGGGACGGCAAGCUUCCCGACGGCGCAAUCGCCACUGCCUUCCGUAAGCUCAACUCUGUUGUUGUGCCCAAGAUCAUCAGUGUUCCCAAGAAUAAGGAGGAGGAUGCCGCAAGAGGCAACUAA